GUGAGCGCAGGGUAGACAGACACAGGCAGAGAGUGUAAAAUGGCGCACAGCUGUCGGUGGCGGUUCCCCGCUCGGCCCGGAGGGAGCAGCAACUCCGGUACCGGGAGGAGAGCGGGCCGAAUUAGGGUUACUGCCUCUCUGUGGAGUAUCUCCGGAGCCCACCCCAACGCAGCUGGACUCGGACCCGGGUUUGAUGCUGCACUACAGGUCUCUUCGGUUAUCGGGAGCAACCUGCAGAAAUUUCGGGAUGUUUUGGGGGAAUCGAGCGACUCGAGCAGCGGGGAGGAAGAAGCAUUUGGAGGAUUUGGAAUAGUUGCUGAGCAGAAAAGAGUACAAUGUGCUUCAACAUCCUCUUCAGAGGACCCACCCAUACAGGAGAAAAAACCCAGAGGCCGACCACCACGGGCCCCGAGUGCCCAGAAAGCUGCUUCAGGUCUACCCUUUCCCUCUCCCAUUCCCACGCCUUCACAGACAAAACCUGAGGGUCCAGAAAGGCCAGCUGAGAAGGUGAAAAGGCUGCCUGGAAGGCCACCUGGCAGUGGCGAAAAGAGGAGAGGUCGACCCCCAUCUUCAAGUAGUAAGAAAGCCUGGAGUACAGGCAGCCAUGCAGCAGGGGAUGACAGGAGGCAGGUUGGGUCUGAGUUGGGCAUGGACACAGAGGAGGACAAGGACAGAAAGGGUACCAAGAGGACACCUCUGGGCUCUACUCUGCCUCAUGACAGUGAGGCAAAGCUUCCCAAAGGAGGACGGGUUGAAUCCAAAGUUACCAACUUGAAGAGGCUGAGAGCAACUAAACUUUCCCCUCUUAAGUCACGGCUCAAGACUUUGCCUGGUGUACCUCGACGCAGACGUGGGCGACCGCCCUCAGCAGAGCGGCUUAAAGCUGAGGCAGCAGCUGCUGCUGCACAGCUGUCUACCUCUAUUGAAUGUGGGGAAGGGAAACAUAAGGCUUUCAGGGUCAGAGGGGGGGACAGAGGCUCAGAACCACACACUCCUCAGCAGUCUAUGCUGCAGAAUGUUGAUGGAACUGAGGAUCAGGACUCUUCCACUCCACCAGCCUCCCCAUCUCCCUCCAAGCCAGGAAAGACAGUGGGCCUCAGGAAAAGUCCUCGCCACAGAAAGCCUGUCAGGAUUGUCCCCCCCUCUAAACGCACUGAUGCUACUAUUGCUAAACAACUGCUGCAGCGUGCUAAGAAAGGAGCACAGAAGAGAAUGGAGAAAGAAGCUGUAUCCAUUGAGAGUAGUGGGACAGGAGUCAUUGAAGCUGGCAUCAGAAAGACCCAGCUGAAGAACAUCAGACAGUUUAUCAUGCCUGUGGUCAGCACUGUUUCCCUUCGCAUCAUCAAAACCCCCAAGCGCUUCAUUGAAGACGAGGGUAGCUUUGGAACCCCUCCUCCUCAUAUGAAGAUACCACGGAUAGAAACAGCCCCCUCAAUUGUCUCUACAUCUACCCAACUCACCUCCACCACAUCCUCUUCCCCCUCUCCUGUGCAGGUCUCAUCUACACCAGCUGCUACUAGCACUAGCACUUCUGCACCAAAUGACUCACUCCCACCUCCUCCACCUCCUGCCCCUGCCCCCACUGCUCCAUCAAAUGUUGCCAAUCUGCUCAACACCAACACCAGCAACAAUGCCACCAAUGGGCGAUUCAGUAGUAGCGCAGCAUCCUGCGGCUCAAGUGCUGUGUCACAGCAUUCCUCCCAGCUCUCCUCUGCAGAGUCUUCCAGGUCCAGCAGCCCAACCUUGGAUGACUCAUCCUGUGACUCCCAGGCUUCUGAGGCCACACAGGCUCUGUCAGAUCCAGAGGAUCACUCUCCAUCCUCACAAGGCGAGAGAGAGGGCAACAUGUUACACAGCUCACAGCCUCCAUCCCCUCCUUCAGAGCCAGAACCUGAACAUGUUUUGGCAGAGAGGAAUCGACAGGGCCGGAGAGAACCAGCUGUUGAGCGGAGAAGUCAGAACCGCAGGGUGAGAGAGACACUCGCCACUGGGCCUAAAAAGCCUAUUAUCAGCCCACCGACAGGAGUGCUGAUGUCCUCCUCUACACUUGCAAAUUCCCAGCAAGCUUCAUCCACAGCUUCCUCCUCUUCUUCACCUCCACCUCCCCCUCCACAGCCUCCCCAGUCAGCUUCUUCCAAUACAGCUGCAAUCGGGGAUCACCUCCCUCAGUCACCCUGGAUCCCUCAUUCCAUCCCUCAGUUUCUGCCUGGACCAUCAGUACUGUCUAGCCUAGCAGAUAAACGAAACCGCUCAAUUUUGAGAGAACCCACCUUCCGCUGGAAAUCCCUGUCUCAUCCCGAGCAGCAGUAUUUUUCCUCUGCUAAAUAUGCUAAGGAGGGCCUUAUCCGUAAGCCCAUAUUUGACAACUUCCGCCCUCCUCCUCUCACAGCUGAAGAUGUGGGGCUUCUGCCACAAAGUGUCAGUGGAGCAGGGGGAGCUACACCAGUGUCAUUCCCUACACCAGGCAGUGGAGCAGGAACAGGAACUCGUCUUUUUGCCCCUCUUCAUGGCCAUACCCACCACCAACAUCCCUCUUCAUCCCGUUUUGAUGCACCACUCCAGAAGCGCAGCCCAUUGCUCCGUGCUCCACGUUUUACACCCAGUGAGGCCCACUCUCGGAUAUUUGAGUCUGUUACCCUGCAGUCAUCCCCUAGGAGAACCUCUGGCUCUCUCUCCCCAAAUCAGACAUCCUCCAGCUCCAGCAGAACCUUAAGGCGCAGGAGACGACUUGUCACUGGAGCAUUACGUGGCCACCCACGGUCUCCUUCUCACUCAAUGACCAGACGCAGCAGCCAAAUUGUGGGCCAGAUAUCCAGAGGGAAAGGCUCCUCUGAUGUGUCUGUGCUGACAGGCUCUGUCUCCAAUAGUAACACCAGCUCUUUACCAGGGGUCUCUGCAAGUCCACUAGCCACUAGUGCCUUAACUCCUGCUCCUUUCAGCAACUUUUCCACUGGAUCCCUGGGUCUGGCCUCACAAGGGACACCUGAAAGUAGGAGAGGGGCUGCUGGAAACCCAUCUCCUUUGUCUACCACAUCAUCCUCUUCCUCCCCACUUUUCCCUAUUUUUCCUUCCAGUGCCCAGGACACAGGGCGAGGAGCUGGAAAGGGAAGUAAAGAAAAAAGCUUACCAGCUCUUCAGGAACUUGUUCCAAAGGAAAAGGAAAGGGAUUCUGAAAAAAACCGAGAGAAAGAGAAGGAGAAUAAGAAGGAUGGGAGGAAGGAUGGAAGGGACAUAGAAGAUGCUCUCUCAGCUCUCCCUCCAAAAAAGGUUCCAGGGAGAAAAAAAUCAACUUCAGUUGACAUGGUUUCUGACACUGCCUCUCCAGAAGUGCACGUCUCUGUUCCUGUGUCUAUUGCAAAAGGACGUUUACCUAAGAAAGUUAGACCCUCUGAGAAAGUUGCAGAGAUUGAGGAUCCAGAAAAGGAGAAGGAAAAACAAAAUGCUCCUAGCCAGCAGACUGCAAGUGUUCAAGGUCAACCUGGCAAACAACAGCUUCCUGUCUCUUCUCUUGGAACAGUGUUGGCACAAGCAGAGAACCAGCCUGUGUCUGUGACUGACAAGCGGGUAGUUGGACUAUUGAGGAAGGCCAAAGCCCAACUCUUUGAGAUAAAGAAGAGUAAGCUGAAGUCUGCAGACCAGACCAAGGUCCAGGGUCAAGAGAGUGACUCGUCAGAGACCUCAGUUCGUGGUCCACGCAUCAAGCAUGUAUGUCGUCGUGCAGCUGUGGCUCUUGGCCGAAAUAGGGCAGUCUUCCCUGAUGAUAUGCCCACACUUAGUGCCUUGCCCUGGGAGGAGAGAGAGAAGAUCCUAUCUUCCAUGGGGAAUGAUGACAAGUCAUCAGUAGCAGGUUCUGAAGAGGCAGAGCCUCAGUCUCCACCCAUAAAGCCACGGGAAACACGGCAAAAGUCACUUCAUGAAGCUCCUCCCAAGAAGGGGCGGCGGUCACGACGAUGUGGCCAGUGCCCAGGCUGUCAGGUUCCAGAAGACUGUGGUGUCUGUACUAACUGUCUCGACAAACCUAAGUUUGGAGGACGAAACAUUAAAAAGCAGUGCUGCAAGAUGAGGAAAUGUCAGAACUUGCAGUGGAUGCCUUCAAAGAUGUUUCUUCAGAAGCAAGGCAAAGGCAAGAAAGACAAGAAGAAGAACAAGUUGUCCGAGAAGAGAGACGGUCUCAAUCCGGUUAAAGGACCAAAUUCAGAGUCUGGUCCUAAACCUCCUCCUGCACCACCAAAAGAAGAGCCUCCACGCAGAAAGAGUGAAACUCCUCCUCUAAAGCAGGGAGAGGAAAAAUCCAAACCACAACCAUCAUCAAAGCAAUCAUCUCCAGGCCCCCCACUCUCUCCUGCCCCAACAGACCCACCUCAGGCCUCCAGCACAGUCACAGCCCAGGCUGAUUCCCCAGCUUCGACACCGGAGCCCAGACAGCCCUCAGUCACGAGCAGUGUCACCAGUAAGAAGGGACACAAGCCACAACCAAGUGUACCAACAUCCCUCUCCUCAUCAUCCUCUUCCUCCACGUCAUCGUCUUCAUCCUCAUCCUCUUCAUCCUCGUCAUCAGCCCAGAAUUCCCCCUCUCAGUCCACGCAGUCUCAUCAAUCAUCCCAACAACAACAGGCUCUUUUGAGUCAGGCACCGCCAAAAAAAGAUGCCCCACCCAAGGUUCCUCUGAACGAGCCCAAGAAGAAGCCCCAGCAGCACUCAUUACAACACCAGAGUCCAGCUACAAAUAUUUCUGAAACAGUUGAAUUGAAACAGGUGAAAAAGCCAUCUUCUCGCACUGCUCCUCAAUCUCACAAACAGAAACCAAAAGACAAGCCGCUGACCACUAAACCCCCCAGCAGCAGUACUUUAAACUGGCUGAGCACUCCCUCGACUAGGGGCCAGGUGAAGUCUAGAGCGCCCUGCGACGGAGUGCAUCGUAUCAGAGUGGAUUUCAAGAGGGACCAUGAUGUGGAGAAGGUGUGGGAGGCUGGUGGCCUCAGCCUGCUCACCUCUGUGCCUGUCACACCUAGGGUACUCUGCUUCUUAUGUGCAAGCAGUGGUAAUGUUGAGUUUGUCUUCUGCCAGGUAUGCUGUGAACCAUUCCAUCUCUUUUGCCUGGGGGAGUCAGAGCGCCCUCUGAAGGAGCAGUUUGAGAAUUGGUGCUGUCGAAGAUGCAGAUUCUGCCAGGUCUGUGGGCGCCAGCACCUGAAAACUAAACAGCAGCUGCUGGAGUGCAAUAAGUGCCGAAACAGUUAUCACCCGGAGUGCCUGGGUCCCAACCAUCCCACCAGACCCGCCAAGAAAAAGAGAGUCUGGGUUUGCUUCAAAUGUGUGCGCUGUAAGAGCUGUGGGGCCACUAAACCUGGAAAGUCCUGGGAUGCCCAGUGGUCACAUGACUUCUCCAUGUGUCAUGACUGUGCCAAACUCUUUGCUAAAGGGAAUUUCUGCCCACUGUGUGAUAAGUGCUAUGAUGAUGAUGACUAUGACAGCAAGAUGAUGGAGUGUGUUCGUUGCAAACAUUGGGUUCAUGCCAAGUGUGAAAAUUUGACAGAUGAAAUGUAUGAGCUACUGUCAAAUCUGCCAGAGAGUGUUACCUACACUUGUACCAAAUGUACCGACCAUCAUCCGGCUGAGUGGAGAACGACGUUGGAGAGGGAGCUUCAGGGCUGCGUUCGCCACAUCCUUACUGCACUGCUCAAUUCGCAUACAUCCACGCACCUCUUGCGCUACAGACAGGCGGUGAAGCCUCCGGAGCUAAAUCCAGAGACAGAGGAGAGUCUACCAUCUCGUCGCUCUCCAGAGGGUCCAGAUCCUCCAGUGCUCACAGAGGUCACCCCCACACCACCCAGUGACUCUCCUCCAGACCUGGAGUCUGUUAAAAAAAAGAUGGACCAAUGCCGCUACAAUUCAUUGCUGGAGUUUAGUGAUGACAUCGUGCGAAUCAUUCAGACGGCUAUCAACAGUGACGGUGGCCAGCCUGAGAGCAGGAAAGCUAACAGCAUGGUCAAGUCUUUCUUUAUUCGGCAAAUGGACCGAAUCUUCCCAUGGUUCAAAGUAAAAGAGUCCAGGUUCUGGGAAAGGCAAAAAGUAUCUGCCAACAGUGGGCUUCUCCCGAAUGCUGUCCUGCCUCCAUCCUUGGAUCACAACUAUGCCCAGUGGCAGGAGAGACAGGAGCUUUCCCGCGCUGAGCUCCCCCACCUCAUGAAAAAGAUCAUACCAGCUCCCCGACCCAAGACCCCCGGUGAACCCGAUUCUCCAGCCUCACCUCCUCCACUACCGCACUCUCUACCCCCGCCACCCCCACUCCUACCUGACCGCGAAGACAGCCCAGAGCUGCCUCCUCCGCCAGGCGUUACUGAUAACAGGCAAUGUGUUCUAUGUCUGAAGUAUGGAGACGAGAAUACAAAUGAGGGUGGAAGGCUGUUGUACAUCGGCCAAAACGAGUGGACCCAUGUGAACUGUGCCCUAUGGUCUGCUGAGGUGUUUGAGGAUGAUGAUGGAGCAUUGAAAAAUGUUCAUAUGGCUGUUCUCAGGGGAAAACAGCUGCACUGUGAGAAGUGUCAAAAGCCAGGGGCGACCGUUAGCUGCUGCCUCACGUCCUGCACCAGUAACUACCACUUCAUGUGCGCCCGCCAGUGCCACUGCGUCUUCCUGGAGGACAAGAAAGUCUAUUGUCCAAAGCACAGGGAGCUCAUCAAAGGAGAAGUGGUGUCUGGGUUUGAGGUGACCCGCAGGAUCCUGGUGGACUUGGAGGGAAUUCGUCUCAGGAGGAAGUGGCUUACAGGACUGGAGCCUGAGAAUGUCCACAUGAUGAUAGGCUCCAUGACCAUUGAUUGUUUGGGGACACUGACUGAACUCUCUGACUGCAAACGCAAACUCUUCCCUGUUGGAUACCAGUGUUCAAGGGUGUACUGGAGCACUUUAGAUGCUCGAAAGCGCUGUGUGUAUACCUGUAGGAUCCUAGUUUGCCACCCUACAGUGGCAGAGUUGGACCUAAAGAACCUGAUCGCUUCAGAGGAGAAUCGUACAAUAGCACACAGUCCACCUCCCAUAGCAGACUUUCCUGAUCCAUUUGAAUCUCCAAGGCGUUCUGAAACACUUUCACCCUCCAACAACUCGAAGCUCAGGGUUUACACCAGGAACCGUCAUCCCAGCUACCCACCUUGUCAGCGCUUAUUAGGCCCCAGACCUAUGCCCUCCCCAGGAGGUACCUCUCAGUCUCAAAGCCAUGAGACUGUGACAGUAGGAGACUCCCUGGUUAACCCAAGCCUGCGGAAUGUUGACCCACAUCACCACAGCUCCCCUCCAUUCUCUCCUCCUCCACUCCAGCCAAACAGACAGAGAGGGGUGACCUCCCCAACUCCCCAGAUUUUGUCACGACCACUUACUUCACCCCCUCCCCUCAUCCCUUCUCCUGCCAGAGAUCCUGAAAAGUCCAAACACCCUAACAAAGACUUAGCAAAGAGUCCAGUCCUGAGAGAUGAUGAAAGAGGUAGACUGUUCUCCUCAGACAGAAACAGGCAGCAACCACUCAGAGACCAUGGGGCUAGAGAUCCUGACAAGGGGAGACUCUCGAGUAGAGACCAAGUUCCUAAGGAUUCUGAGAGGAACAGAUCAUCCAGAGAGCUUGGACAAAAAGACUCCGACAAGGCUGUUCAACCAGCCAAAGAACCUGAAAAGAGGAGAGUUUUGAGUAAAGACUCAGGUCUGAAAGAAUCAGAGAGGGGAAGACCUCACAGUAGAGAUCCCUUAAGAGACUCAGAAAAAGGGAGGCUCAUAAACAGAGACUUUGAGAAGGGGAGACAGGCAAGCAGAGAGUCGGGCAUUAGGGAGACAGAUAAAAGCAAAUCAUCCUCUAGAGAUUCCAGCUGUAAAGAAAUGGACAAAGUUAAGACACUCGGUAGAGAUUCAGCAUUUAGGGACUCAGAAAAGCAUAGACAAUAUAGCAGAGAAACCGGGAAAGACAUGAGUAAAGACAGACCAUCCAGCAGAGACUCUGACAAGGGUAGACCUUCCUCUAGAGAUUCUAGUUAUAGAAGUACAGAGAGAAACAAAGACUCUGGCUCAGGGAAAGAUAGCAAUCCUGCCAGUCAUUCCAAGCAGGCUGAAGGUGAGAAUAAGAGCAUUAGACUGGCACCUGCAGGUUCAGGCAAGUCCUCCCCUCCUCCUGGAACUGCUGUUCUUACAGGGCAGCCGCGAUUUGGCAGCAACAAGCAGACAGACAGGCCAGGAAAGCAUGGAGGCAAAGACCAGGAUGUCACUUCAAACUUGGGUCUGUUGCUUCGUCACCGAUCAUCCCCGACCUCAAACGCUAUUCAGUCUAAGGACAAGCCCAGCUCAGGGAAGGAGAGUAGCAGUGGCACUGGAAAUUUAAUGUCAACAUCACACCAUAAGGACCCUGUUGUUGGAAAACCUGGCUCCACACGGCCCCCUCCUCAAAAGUCCAAUUCACGGAAAUCUAAUGAUUACUCAUCAGCUUCAGCAGCAGUUACGAAGCCUCUGUGGCCAUCAAGGGCAGUGGUAGAAGAUGAUGUCAUCAAGCGAAGCUCCAUGCACCUGGUUUCCCCAGCUGCAGCCUCAGCUGCCAAAGACAAACACCCCAAAGUUAAGACUGCAAGCAGCAGAGAGUUGUCCAAAGACCGUGACAAGGAAAAGACUCACCAAAACAGUAACAGCAGCAACAAAAUUUCCCUCGUUAACAAUAAUACUAAAGCCACUGCCAGCUGCAACACACAUGUGUCAAAUGCCAAUACCCACAACAGUAGCAACAGCAAAGUCCCAGGGCUGGUAAACAGCACCAAAGUCCAUGGGAAGAUUCAGGGGGAAAAGCACGAGAACCAGGAAGGAGACAGAACAUCCUCAAAGAGCAGUGACAAUUACUCCUGUCCUGAAAAGAAGAAUAGCUCCACUCUGGACUUACAGCAGCUGCAGCAGGCUAAUUUAGCUCCAGAGAAAGGUAUCAAGACAUCUUCUCAGUCUCACUCCAAACAAAGGACUAUCCAGCUGUCACGGUCCUCUAGAGAGAGGCGAUCAGUGAAACUUUCCACUGUAACUCCAAUAAAGAGUGACAUCAAGACGGAUCCUAAUGGGACCAGCACUUUCAGUUGUAUUUCUUCUUCUCCCUGUGCCAUAACCACUACCUCCACUGUCACUACUCCUGUCCAGGGGACUUGUCGUUCUGCAGGCUCUGCACUUUUCUCCUCCCCCUCUGCCAGCAGCAGUGACAGCUCUGAGUCCGAUACCCAGACUCAGACAGAGGAUGUUGAUCUGCACAAGGAGCACCCAUGCAGUGAGCUCAGAGACCACCACAGCCUCCUCACUCAAGGCCCCGAAGAUGAGGGUGACGGCCCAGAUGACGAUCAUGACCGAGUUAUGGAUGAUAAACAUUUAGAGGAUGACAGUGACGGGUCGGGGUCAGCUAAGAGACGUUACCCUCGUCGCAGUGCCCGUGCACGAUCCAACAUGUUUUUUGGCCUCACUCCUUUCUAUGGGGUUCGCUCAUAUGGUGAAGAAGACCUUGCCUUCUACAGUAGUGGGGAUGGAACUGGAGCUGUGGUAAAAAGGAGGACUGGUGGCUGCAAGAAGUCAGCUGAGGGGCAAGUGGAUGGAGCAGAUGAUAUAAGCACAUCUUCCUCAUCAGGGGACAGUGGAGAGGAUGAAGAGAGUGGAAUGAAACCGAGAGGUAAAGACCCUUACUACUAUAACUUCACCCGGACAGUAAUAAACCCUGGUGAGGGCUUACCGUCUAUUGAAGGGAUAGAUCAGUGUCUUGGAAGGGGCUCCCAGCUUCAACGCUUUCUAAAAGAUGAGGAGCAGCAACAUCAGAGAGCUCAAGGAAAAGCUGAAGAGGACCUACUAAGUGCUUUGACAUUAGGCAAGCAGCGUAUUGGGCAACUUGAUGGAGUUGAUGAUGGCUCUGAGAGUGAUACCAGCAUCUGCACCACCAGCACCACAACUACUACAGCCACUUCCUCUUCCACCGCACAUAAGAGCACUCCCAAGAGACGGGGCAGAGAAAGGCAUGCUGAGAAACCUGACUCUCAUGACUCAAGUAAAGAUGCUGACAGCAGUGGAGAAGCAGUAAGUAGCAACACCCGAGAAGGACGAAAAAACCAGAAAGAAAAUUGUCUUCCUCUAGGAGUUGGAGUCAAGUCCCAACCACAGAGUCAGAGUCAGGAUCCCCUUGAAGCCCAAUUGUCUCUCGGCACAGACCUGCUGAAAUCAGACUCAGACAACAACAACAGUGAUGACUGUGGAAACAUCUUGCCUUCAGACAUCAUGGAGUUUGUUUUGAACACACCAUCCAUGUCAAUGCAGGCUCUGGGUCAGCAGUCUGAGCCGUCUUCCUCAGAAUUGCUGUUGGAUGAGGGAUAUGUUGGAGUGGAUGUCAACCGACGCAAAGACAUUCUGUUUGAUGACUUUUCUCAGCCACUUCCCAGUGCUGAGAGUGGAGGUGUAGUGGAGAGCAGUGUGAACAGCUCCAUAUCUGUAGAGGAGCCUUAUCUUCCACUGGAGCUGCCCUCGGACCUUUCUGUUCUUACCACACGCAGCCCAGCUGUCGGCACCAGUCAGAACCACACUGCUGGAGGUCUUAUCUCUGAUACCUCAGACCGCACCAUGCUCGGCUUAAACUCUGAGCCAGAGACUAUCAGCGGAGAAAAGAGUGGGAACAAGAAAAGGGCAGGGUCAGGUGUGUCACCAUCGGAGAAUCAUCACGAUGGAACUUUGGGAAACAGAGACACACCUGUCACUGAAGGUCACAUGACUCCUGAACAGUUUAUUUCCAGCCCUGCUAUUGGCCAGGUGGUUGAUCCUCCAGGAAACCAGGAUGAUCCAAGGAGUUCUGGUACUUCUGGUCUGCCAAGUUCUCCAUCUUUGCCUCUUCAGGGUCAGAAGUACCUACCAGCUGCGAGUAGCCCUAGUACAGUCCCCGGACCAGGGCCAUCCCAGACUCAGGUCUCCAGCCCAGCAGUCAUUAAAUCGGGUCCUGAGAAGCUCAUUGUGGUCAAUCAGCAAUUUCAGCCACUCUAUGUCCUCCAGACAGUCCCUAAUGGUGUCACCCAAAAAAUUAGUGCUACAGGAGUGAUGGAUACCACCUCUUCCGCUGUGCUGAGCUCCAUGACACUUACCACAGGGUUGAAUACUGGUUUAUCUGCAGGCCAGACAAUAUUUCCUGCUGGUGGCAAAGUCCUGGGCACAAUGCCUCACCCCUCUCACAUUCACACCUUUGCAGGAACAACACAGACAGGUUUCCAGACAGGAAUCCCCAGCACCACCUCAGGGCUCCUCAUUGGGUUGCCCUCUCAACCCCAUGACCAACCUCAAAUUCUAGUAUCGGAGGCUAGUCGAGUACAUGAGUUGGGUCCCAGUGUUGCCAUAGUGUCCAGUCCCUCCUCGCUCACUUCUUCGCCAACUAUACUGGCCUCUGCUCAUGGCAAAAAGAGGCCUAUCUCUCGCCUGCAGCCAAGAAAAAGCAAAAAGUUGGUGCGCUCCCGUAGCCAGCCCACUCUGGCCCCGUCGGAAGUGGGACCUCCAAACAUGACCCUCAUCAACCUGUCUUCCUCUCAGAUCACAGCUAGCAUCCCUGGACAACCUGGUGGCCUGGUUGAGUUGAGCAAGGUCCCAAAUAUUAUCAAGAGACCAAAAUCAGGUGGGGUUAUGUAUUUUGAUCCCACUGCUCUCCUUCCACAAAGGAUUUCUGGUUCUGCUCAGCCUGGCAUCCUGGGUCAUGAUUCCUCUACACAUCUCCUGCCUUGCACAGUCUCUGGUCUGAACACCAGUCAGUCAGUGUUAAACGUUGUGUCUAUGCCCCCUAGUGGUGCCACUGGUCUUCUUGCUCCAGGAUCAGUUUCACUCUCCACCCCUGUACUUAGCUCUACUGAGAUCACAGGGCCAAUUAGCAACCUUCUUUUCAAGGCAAGUCCUCAUGGCUUAGGGAUAUCAGAUCAGCCAAUGGUCCUUCAAUCAGGAGCUCCUCUGAUGUCUCAGCUUAGCUCCUCCGUGCAGACAUCUAUAGCCAGUAGCAUCUGCGUCCUGCCUUCCCAACAGACCAUCAGCAUGGCUGUUACCCAGCAGGGAGAGACAGAGGCCAGUAAUGUCCACUUCCAGCAUCAUUCUCAACCUGUUAACAAAGCCCUGGACUCAUGUCCAAAUACCACUGUUACUUUAGCCUCUGGCACACCUCUAAGCCCUGCCAAAGGGCAUGUCAUUGGUGUCUUCACUCAAACGCAAACCUCUGCACUCUCCCAGAGCAGCAGGACGACUCCUAUUUCCAAAUCAUCAGAACAAAGACCUCCUAACUCCACCACAGACGUGUCGGUAGCAGGUUCAGGAACAGAAAAGAGUAAACAGAAACCCAAGAGGAGCAGGCAGUGCUCAGACACAAGCAGCGGGAAGAAGUUCAAGGCAGAAGAGCAUCACACUAAUCCUGCAGGACGACUGGCAUCAAACCCAAGUUCCAAAGAGCUAAUUUCUCCUGAACCCAUGGACACUGGCAAGCCUGCAGAUAAGGCAACCAACAAGAGUGCACUUGGGAAAAAGAAGACAUCUGAAGGUCAUGCUCUACCGGGGAACAUAAUAGGAAAAGAUAAACCUUCUGCAGUUGGAGGAGCAGGGUCUCUUCUUGUGGCUUCGCCACCGGACCAGGAUGGCAACAGCAGGGACAUUGGCCUGGACAGCAAACCCAAGAAGGGCAUCAUCUUUGAAAUCUGCAGUGAUGAUGGCUUCCACAUCCGGUGUGAGAGUAUUGAAGAGGCUUGGAAAUCCCUGACUGACAAGGUACAGGAGGCUCGUUCCAAUGCACGGCUUGAAGAGCUUUCUUUUGAAGGUGUGAAUGGACUGAGGAUGCUGGGAGUCGUUCAUGAGGCCGUAGUCUUCCUGCUCGAGCAGCUGUAUGGCUCCAGACACUGUCGGAGUUACUGUUUCCGCUUCCACAAACCAGAGGAAACUGACGAACCACCGAUCAACCCCCAUGGCUCAGCCCGCGCAGAAAUUCAUCACAGGAGGUCUGUAUUUGACAUGUUCAAUUUCUUGGCUUCAAAACACCGCCAGCCUCCACGGUACAGGCCACAUGAAGACGAUGAUGAGGAAGGGCAGCUCAGGACUGCCAGGCGUGCCUCUGUGGAGUUACCGCUCGCUGUGAGAUUCAUACAGCUCAAAGCCACUUCCAGGGAAACUGUUGGAGUCUACAGGUCUCCCAUUCAUGGCCGAGGGCUGUUCUGCAAGAAAACUAUUGACAUUGGGGAGAUGGUGAUUGAAUACUCUGGAAAUGUCAUUCGUUCUAUCCUCACUGACAAACGGGAGAAAUAUUAUGAUGGAAAGGGUAUUGGCUGUUACAUGUUUCGCAUUGAUGACUACGAGGUGGUCGACGCCACAGUGCAUGGCAACGCCGCCCGCUUCAUCAACCACUCCUGUGAGCCCAACUGCUACUCUCGGGUCAUCACCGUGGACAGCCAGAAACACAUUGUCAUCUUUGCUUCCCGCCGCAUCUACUGUGGAGAGGAACUCACCUAUGACUACAAGUUCCCUAUCGAGGACGCCACCAACAAGCUGCCGUGCAACUGUGGCGCCAAGAAGUGUCGAAAGUUCCUCAACUGAUGCCUGCGGCUUUUCAACAGUUGGAAAAAGGGACUGGAGGUCUGUUGAACAGUUAGGGCCACGUGUUCAAAGCACGCCCCCUGCUGGGGCUUUUGCCGUGACUCUAGCCUCCUGAAUCUGGUUCAUGUAGGACCACAGCUGCCAACAGCACACAAGGUCUGUAAGUGCAUAUGCUGCUGCAGAAUACAGCAGAUGCAUUGUGGGUCAUACUGUAUAUGCAGAAAAGGCAAUUUUAGCGGACGAGCCGUUAGUAGAAAUUCCAACAUAUUGUGCCUCCUUUUAUUACAUUUGGCAUGGGAAGUUUUACCUUUUAGAGGUGAGGUAUGAAACAGUUUGAAUCUUCACAAUAUUAAAUUACAAUUUUAUUUUAUUUGCAUUUGGAUGGUACAAUUACCCCACUAUUAUUUUUACAUUGGCCCAUCCUCUUUCAUUUUCUAGAACUAUGUUAUUGUCCAUAAAUGCUGAGAUUUUAUUAUAGCAGAAAACAAAACAAAGAACUUGGUUCCAUUUUACACCAAAGUGCAAUUUGUUAAAGGGACUAGGAACAGUAAGUUAACUAGAAAGAAAAAUUAGACCUCUUUGAAUUUGUUUGUAUUUGAACCUCAGUGUCAGCUGUUGUCAAUGCACAUCUUCCUGUGUGGAUGUCCCUCGAUGCCUCAGAGCCAUUGUACUUUACUGAAACCUUUACCUUAAUGGGAUAUUUGCAAAGCUUGUAGUGUAUGUACAUUCAACACUGUAAAUAGGAGCUGCUCGGGCCCCAAUUAGUGCUGUACAGAUGGAAACACUAGGAGGAGCUGUGGCCACAGGAGGAAAGAGAGGAGAAAAAAAUGCAGGGCAUAGAAAUGUUAAUUUGUUAAAAAAAAAAGUUAUUUUUGGGUCUACGUGUAAAGGGCGAUAGCUGAAGUUGAUGCUUUGUACUUAAACUAAGGUUAAUCUGACAGCUUGUUAGCUACAAAAACAUGUCGAUGGGAUGAAGCCUCUGGCCUGAGAGAGUGAGGCAGCUAGAGAUGCUGGUGGACUGACAGCCAAGGGACUGUAAAACCCUGCUGAUGUGCUUUAGUAGACGUAUUUAUAACACAUUUUUGGGGCUGUCAUCUACAAACAGCCAUGGAUCUCAGAGAAACAUGCAGACAGACGUGUUGCAAGUUUGUGCAUGCUGUUGUUUAUAUGGAGACUUGUUUUUGGUAAUUGCAUAAGCUCAGACUUUUGAAUCACGUUCCAAAUUACAGCAGCAAAGAGAACCAAACAUCGCACUCUUGAAUUGAAAUUUCUCACCACUUGUUUCCUUUUUGGCCUGUUGUGGUAACAUUACUAUGGAAAAAUGCUUUUUUGAUUUGUAAAGUCUUUUCAAGUUUUGUCUAUUAUCUUGUCUUUUUAUUGUGGGCAGGGAAGUAAUGUGCUUGCUUUUAAAAAAACAAAUGUAAAUAAUGUAUAUUUUUCUACCAAAAGACUUAAAAGCACUCACUAGUGAAUAGCACUUAAUGACGGUAUUUAUAUUUUUAAAAGAAACGUAUUUAUUUUAUUGCUAUUUUGUAGGAAAUAGAGGUUUACAGACACUAAUGCUCGGUCUCUAUGUUUUGUAUUCUACUGCCUUUUCAAAGUUGUUUCUGUUGUAAUUUUAUCUUUCUUUUUUAAUUUGUAGCUCGAAUGUUUUCUUUGAUUCCAAAGACUGACGCUUGUCUGCGGCUUGGUCCCCUCUUAGAUCAGUCCACCAGUAGCUCUUUAUCCAUCCCAGGCUGAUUGGUCAGAGCUGACAUGUUUUUCCAUUGUUCCAGUCAUAGCUGGCAGUGUGGCAGUUAUAUGAACUUCUAUUAUGCACUUGAGAGAGUUUAGAUUGACGAUCCAUAGCAGAUAUAUCCUCUCUCCAGCCUUAUCGUCUCCACACCACACCACACAGAGAAUCAAGUCCAUUCACAGACUGCUACCAGGCAGCUUUGUCGCUAAUAAACCGUUGGUUGGCAGAAUUGGAGCCGACUGGCUUUUAAACAGAGUAUUCACAUGUGUAAAAUCCAACCAGUGUCCUGUCAGUUUUAAGUGUUUUGUCCCUGUGCGGUCUGUAGUUAAGAGGUGCUUUUAUUUUGAGCUACCAACAUCAUUCAACAUAUCCCUGUGGAGCCAAUCUGUUGUUUAUUUGGUGACCACGCGGCGCUCACCAGCAUUUGUUGAUCAGUUUUUGUCCUCCUGGUUUAUCUCCUCGUGGUUUGCCUUAGUUGUAAAUGAGCAUGCCGCUUCUCUUUUACAAGCCUUCAUGUGCUGGAGCGAGUAUUUAGAUGGACUCUUUUAAAAAGACUGGUCCUGCAAAAAAUGUUCAUUUCUCAUUAAUUUAUUGUUUUCCUGCCUUUCUCACUGACUUUAUCACCUGAAGGCCAUCAGCAGUUUGUCCCACACUGCCCUCUGUUGUUGUCAACUGAAACAAAAAAAGAGAGACCCACGAGACCCACAUAUUGUUUGCACUUAAGUUGUGACACAGGCACAUAGGAAAUCUCCGUACUGUCUCCCGACAGAUGACGCGACACCAGUGCUGGAACCACAAGCACACAUCGAAAACUCAGCGUUUGUGUGUGUUAGACCCUAGCAAGUCAACUUAAACUUGGUCUCGAUGACUCCUGAAAAUGGUGUUUGAGGCUCUAGCGAAGUGCACUUGACUUUUUUUUUGUUUGUUUGUGUGUUUGUUUGUUUUUUUACAACAAAGUGAAGGCAGGGACCACACCAGCGGCCCUCUCCUUCCUGAAGGUGCAGUCUGUACAAGCCUUGGCUGUGCUUCUCCAUUUAGACCCUCAAGAUCAGGUCUUGUCUGUGUCUUGGGGCCACGUCCGUGCUGACAGACAGGCGUCAGCCUCGCGCUUGUACAGCUGCAGCUACACUGGGCUCGCUGGGUUCUGCUGCUAAGGUCAACAAUGAAUGUAAAUUCCUCCUCCACAUCACCUAGACUCUGUGAUGAUGUCGAUACUUUGUCAUCCGCAUAUGUUUUCAGUUCUUGCGUCAGCAGCCUUGGUAGAUGAGAGGGAUGAUGUGUAGGUGUGACCUCAAACUGGGCAACAGCCGUUUCAUUUCAGCACUGGUAAUAAUACUGACAUGUGAACAGCAGUGGCAUUUCUGUCUGUCUGCAGGACGACCGGUUCUUACUGAGUUAACUCAACAGUUCACACUAGCAUCGGCGGUAAAACAUUUCCCCGGUGCCAAGGGCUCUGUCUACUUCGACUCACUUCUCGAGACCCACCGUGAACGAUAAGUCCACCAAUUUCAAUUUUCAUACCAAUAUACAAUAAGGAAAAUUGUCUCCGUUGUUUCUUUGGACUUCAUUUUUUAACCGUGCCACACCAGUGGCCCUUCUCUCUGUCAUUAUCUGUAAUUAUAGUAUAAAUACAUAACAAUAAUAUACAGAAACAUACAUAGUAAUUUCUUGUACUUAAGUAUAUAUACAAUAUAUGGAAUGGACAGUCAAACUUAGUUACAGUAGCAAAACAGCAGAUUUAAAAUGGUUAAUAGCAAUGUUUCCGUGUACUCUAUAAAGGUUUUGUGUUACAGUACUAUCAGAUUAAACUAAUGUGCAUCAUUCUUUUGUAUAUUGAUAUCCAGUUCCAACUUUUGCUGUGUCUGUGAGCGUUCCUUCACCAGCGAACGCUCCUUCUCCUUUUCUUUUCUUUUUAUGUGAUGAGAAAUGUACCCGUGUUAAUGUGGUUGUAAACUUCUUGAGGUCAGCUUUUUUUUUUUUCUUUUCUUUUUCUUCAUCAUUCGUUUGUUCCCCCCCACCCUCAACUGGUUGUUGUAGUGAAUGUUUUUCCAGAUUUUCCUUUUGUGCAUUUUAACAGGGUCUUUUUUUUUAAGACGACUUACUUGAUGUGGUAUAAAUGAAGAGUGUAGUUUGUGGAGACUGAUCAGGGGUUUGAAAGAUGGCACCAUGUCAUGUCUCCCUGACCACCUCUCCCUCCCUCCCUCUCUCUCUCUCGCUCUCUCACCGUCUCUCCUCUAAAGCUUUGGUUUUACUUAUCAUGUACUGUUUCUAUAGAAAGUCAUAAUGCUGAUGUUCAAA